GACACCCAUGAAAUUCUCCCUCCUAAAAGUUCCGCCCCCGCCUGAUAAUUUUCUCUUUCUCUGCAAUCAAUCUCCUCCACCGCGGCAGCCCUCGAAUAUCUUGGUUUUCCGGCGUUGUUCCCGGCCGCCGACAGCCACCCCAGUUAUUACUAUUAUUAUUCCAUAUACCGGUAGAAUAUUGCGGAAUCCGGCCGUCGCGAUCGGACUCCGCCAUGGAAGAUGGAUAGAUUAUUCUCAAGGCCGGCAUCACGCCUCCGCCAAUUCCGGCGAUCUCUGAAAUCCCCAGCGGCGGCCCCGACGGCGGCGGGCUCCCCGGACGAGCCCCACGAGCCCCAAUGGCGGGACCGGAUCUUCGACCCCAGCAGCCACGUCGUCAACCUGUGGAACCACUUCUUCCUCGUCACCUGCCUCGUUUCCCUCUCCAUAGAUCCCCUCUAUUUCUACCUUCCUUACGUCGGCGGCAAGGCCUGCAUGUCGACCGACAACGGCGCCUCCGUCGCCAUCACCUACUUCCGCACCCUCACCGACUUCUUCUACGUCCUCCAUAUGCUGUUGAAAUUCCGCACCGCCUUCGUCGCCCCUAGUUCUAGGGUUUUCGGGCGGGGCGAGCUCGUGUUGGAUUCCAGAGAGAUCGCGAUGAGAUAUCUCAAAUCGGAUUUCAUAAUUGAUUUCGCAGCCACUCUCCCUUUGCCCCAGAUUGUGAUAUGGUAUGUGAUUCCGGCAACGAAGGGGACAAACGGGUCGGGUCACGACAACAACACCAUAGCCCUGAUCGUCCUCAUUCAAUAUCUUCCACGGCUUCUGGUCAGCAUUCCAUUGAACCAGAGGAUUAUCAAAACAACAGGUUUUAUUGCUAAGACAGCUUGGGCUGGAGCUGCAUAUAACCUCAUCCUCUUCAUGUUAGCCAGCCAUGUUCUAGGGGCUUCAUGGUACCUGUCUUCUAUAGGACGGCAGCAUUCCUGCUGGACAAUGCAGUGUGAGAUCGAGCGCAAUGCCGUUCCCCCAUGCAUACCCAGUUUUCUUGACUGUGAGAGCUUGAAUACGCAUAAGCUUGAGAGGGAGUAUUGGCUGAACACCACUUCUUUGCUCAUGCGGGCUUCAUGGUACCUGUCUUCUAUAGGACGGCAGCAUUCCUGCUGGACAAUGCAGUGUGAGAUCGAGCGCAAUGCCGUUCCCCCAUGCAUACCCAGUUUUCUUGACUGUGAGAGCUUGAAUACGCAUAAGCUUGAGAGGGAGUAUUGGCUGAACACCACUUCUUUGCUCAUGCGUUGCGAUCCCAAAAAUGACGAUUCUGAUUUCAAGUUUGGAAUGUUUGCCGAUGCUUUCACUAGUGAAGUGGCUUCUUCUAGUUUCAUUGAGAAGUAUCUCUAUUGCCUCUGGUGGGGCCUAAGAAAUUUGAGUUCAUAUGGACAGAAUCUGAUGACUAGCACUUACGUUGGGGAAACAGUCUUCUGCAUUUCCGUGUGUAUCAUUGGUUUAAUUCUAUUUUCUCAUUUGAUUGGAAAUAUGCAGACUUACCUGCAAUCUCUGACGGUGAGACUGGAGGAAUGGAGGAUAAGGAGAAGAGAUACAGAAGAAUGGAUGAGGCAUAGGCAAUUGCCUGCAGAUCUCCAGAGACGGGUUCGUCAAUUCGAGCAGUACAAAUGGCUGGCGACAAGAGGAGUGAAGGAAGAAACCAUCCUGGAAUCAUUGCCCCUUGAUAUACGCCGUGAGAUCAAGAGACAUCUUUGUCUCAACCUUGUCCGCAGGGUCCCAUUCUUCGCACAGAUGGAUGACCAAUUACUGGAUGCCAUCUGCGAGCGUCUGGUCUCAUCUCUGAGCACGAAAGACACGUACAUUGUGCGGGAGGGGGAUCCAGUGAGCGAGAUGCUUUUCAUCAUCAGAGGCCAACUCCAAAGCUCCACCACAAAUGGAGGAAGAUCUGGGUUCUUCAACACCAUCAUCCUCAGACCAGGAGACUUCUGUGGGGAAGAACUACUCACCUGGGCUCUUGUCCCAAACUCCUCUCUGAACCUGCCUUCUUCAACCCGCACCGUGCGGGCGCGCUGCGAAGUAGAGGCAUUCGCGCUUCGUGCAGAAGACCUGAAGUUCUUCGCGGUCCAGUUCAAGCACCUUCACAGCAAGAGGCUGCAGCAUGCUUUCAGGCACUACUCCCAACAGUGGAGGACAUGGGGUGCAUGUUACAUACAGGCGGCAUGGAGAAGGUACAAAAAGAAGAAGUUGGCCAAGGAGUUGUCUGUACAGGAGAGGGAGUAUUAUCAUUAUGUGCCCAUUGAAGAUGAAGGAGAUGAUGGGCAGUCAUCAGGUGGUGAUGAAGACGGCGGGGACAACGCGCAGCACCUUGGAGCCACAAUCUUGGCCUCCAAGUUUGCUGCAAAUACAAGAAGAGUUCAAAAGGUUAAGGUGGCUGAGCCUGCCCCUUCUAGCUUGAACAUGCCACAGCUGUGCAAGCCAGAAGAGCCUGAUUUCUCUUUAGAAUGAAUGAUACAACAAUCACAACCACUAAGGUCCUACAAGCCAUGUUUCCACCACAGAGAUGAACCCUCACUUCUUUUUUUUUCUUUGGUUAGAUCUAACUAGGCUUUGGUUGAGUCUUUUUGUAUUUAAUAGGCAAAGGUAUUUUGAUUAGGAAGAAUAGAAGAUGAUGUUAUAC